GGUUCUUUAAGGCUUUUUCUUUAUAGCAUGACACUUUAGAACAAUCAAUGAUGGUGGCCUUCCAAGCAGCUCUGUUGUUCGCUUUUCUUUCAAGAUGCUUUGCCGCAAAAUUUGUCAUGUUUCCCAUGUUUGGACGAAGCCAUUACAUGAUUCUCGACAAACUGGGGCAAGAACUGUCAGAGAGGGGCCAUGAGGUAUGCAAAUAAGAGUACAGAAUGCUUUGUUGUAGUUUUUAGUGACAAUUCAAUUAUUAUUUUGCCAAGCCUUCGUUGGUGUCGACUAAGCUAUAAGCUUAAGAUAUCUAACGCACUAAAUGGUACGAUUCCAAUCGCAAUGAAGAGCCAUCGUGAGCUGAGUAGCAAAGAAACGGCUUGGAAUGCUCGUCUACAUGGCGUGAUCACAUUACGUAAUAGUGAAAAUAUAAGGAUUUGUAUGGGAAAAAAAUAUGCGGUUCUCAUGAUAAAAUUAAUCUUUUUCAAUUAUCCUUCUUUUUCAAUAAUGAUAUACCUGGCAACUCUCACACAUUAUGGGCGAGUCUCACGCCUGUGGACUAAAGACUAGGACCCCUGACUUACAGUCCGGACGAAAAAACAAAAUUCAUUUCAAUUUCACCGAAAUGUUUCAAAAAAGUGGUUAGUAUUGACUUCGUGUCCUAACUGUAUCACAAAACGUAAAAAUUGUUGUGGAAGUGCUCAAAGGCUGUCGGAACAUCUUCGUACAUUUUCGCCAAAGUUCGGAAGUCUUCGGAAAAUCAAGAAAAUAUUCGGAAGUCGCUGGGAUAUUUUCAGAAAUUUGGGUCAUGACAAGAUCAGACGAAAAUCUCACGCAUUUGACUCAGAAAAAGUUGGCAGGUAUACAAUGAGGUUUCAGUUACACACACAGAAUGUUGUUCAUUAAAUUGGGAAUAUCAUUAAAUCGAUGAUGGUAUAAUUGGGGUUCCACUGUGUACAUAUACAUUUCUUUACGUACAACCCUAACUAAAGGGAUAUCUAUAUGGCUUUUCUUCCUCAACAACCUUAAUGAGACCAAAAUCUGCAAUUCCACCUCUACUCGAGACGACGAGAGUCUCUGACAUAAUCAUAUGGGAGUGCCCCCGUCCCCCUAACGGGGGGGGGGGGGGGCUCCUGCACAUCACGAAAUAGGCCGUUCCUACCGCAUUCCCGUGAACAAAGACACCAACUCGAAACCACCCAAGCCGCUACUUCGUUCAUUGUGUGUGCUCACUGGAUUGGAAUGCGAGAAAGUUCCAUAUCGUGAACUGACAGGCGGUCAUGAUCAGAUGGAGUGUUCAGAAAAAUUGCUCCCUAUCUAUUCUCGAUUUUCUUUUUUGGGGAAUGUGUCGAGUAAAAUGUUUUAAUGUUUAACGCCAUCAUGAUGUAGUGCAGUUGUUAGUUUAAGUAGCGGUUUUUUUCCUGUUCGCCUUGCUUCUUCUCAGUUCAUAGCUAUAUAGAUUGUUGACACUCCCCUUUUUCAAUAAGAUCAUCGCGAGCGCCGCAGUACUUUAAAGAACAGGCAUCUUGUUACAUGGUGAUAGACAGCGCUCGAUCGUUACCGACGAUCUUUGUGUCGGAAAAAGGGGACUGUAAUUAUAAACAGCCCCCAAACAGUCCACACAGUUUAGUCAGUGUUCAAGGCGAUUCCUAGUAAAAGAACCCGUCGCAGAUUUUCGAUGAAACUUGGUACACUGUUGUAACAAGUAGAUAAAAGGAUAAAACGUAAUAAAAACAGAGGGGGUCACCGUGCUAGUUUUCACGCUACAGUGCUGACUGCUAUUUUUAGGCGCCUUUGGAAGCAACCGUACCCAGCCCAAAACUAGACAAAAAGGCGCGGCUUUUUCCCAUGAUACUUGUGAUAUCGCUCGGAAUAUUAUUUUAUUAUUAAUCCACCUACAUACCAGGAAAAUGCCUUUUCAUACCUUUGCUUUUACUUAACGUUCCAAAGUAGACUUUUUUCGAAAUGCGCUGUUUGCUGUAAUCUUUCUGCAGAAGCUCCUUUUUUACGGCCUCUAUCUUGUUAUUCGAGUUGAGAGUUGCGCAAUUCAAAACCAGCGAACCACUUUAAGAACCGUUUAAAAAUAAUACAAAACCAUACAAGAAGAAUUUCAAUCCCUCAGGCCGACGUACUUGAAGACAACGCCCAUUCUAUAAAACUGAAACUAAGAUAAGGGACUUCUCGUAGUUUAAUCUGAGACCCAAACAGUCUAUUUAAUUCUAAUUACUACAAGGUCCCGCAAGUGUUUGAGGAUAAAAAUUAUUGCCCUCGCGGGAUAACCCGUAAAAAUCCAAGACGAAGUAUACUGCAAUAAAUUUGCGUUAUUGGCCAAGCCUGAGGACAAGAUGGCUGGAUAUCGGCCAAAAAAGAACGAAGCCAAAAUACAGCCAUCUUGACAGAACAAGCUUGGUCAAUAAGGGAUUUAUUAUAUGGCCAAAAUAGAGAACUUUUUCUUACAGGAUCAAGGCGGGAAAUCCCGAGCGGGCAAGAUGGGCCCAUCUUGCUUGCUCGGGUAGCCAAUCAGAACGCAAGAUUCACUUCAUCUUGCCCGCUCGCGGAUGCAACCAAAAAUAAGACUUCUCAUUGUUUUAUCCUCAUCUUUACAGGUUAUCCUAUUUGUAGGAGCAACGGCUAAAUAUGCCACAAACAAUCCAUACGUACGCUUUUUCAACGACAGCCAGACCUUUUCGGUGCAUACACCCGCUUCCGGGAACCGGAAGACGCCGUUAACUUUAAGAGAGGAGUUUACCGUUCUUUUAACCGCUCAGUUAUCUUAUUGUGAUGAAAUGCUGAGCAACGUGGAGCUAAUGAAGGAAACUAAUGAUGCGGACCUCGUUGUUGGUGAACUGUGGUAUCUCUGUUCAGCUUUGGUCGCAGACAAAUUAUCAGUGCCGCAUGUUCUAAUAUCUCCAGCCACUUUGUCCACACCAUAUACGUUUGCACUUGGUCUGCCUGCUCCGCUCGCCUACGUACCUCAAAUUAACAACGAUGCAAAUAAGAUGUCGAAUAUCAUUGACAGAGGCAAGAAUGUACUGCAAUGGAUAUCACUGUAUUGGUAUUACUUGCAAGAUUUAUGCUCACUUUAUGGCAAGGUCAAAGCAAAAUACAACAUCACAUCCAACAAAAGCAUCCAGGAAACACUUGGAAGGGCUGAUCUGAUUAUUGGUCAGAUGCCGUUUGGAUUAGAGCAUCCGAGGCCUGUCCAUCCAAGUAAGUCUUUUUAUUUCAGGUCCCUUUGCACUUUAACAUAAUGUACGCGACAUCGUAAGAAUGGGAGGUUAGUUGCAAAUACUUUACAGUUCAUCGUACAGAAAGUCAUUGUAACAAGUAGGCCAUCGAAAUCUUAGGAGAGAGCGCGGAAAAUGAAAGUGAAGGAAGAAAAUCGAGAGCGAAGCGCAAAAGAGAAGACUGCAUGCUCGUCCUUCUUGCCGCGUGGACUUCAGAACGUCUAAAUGGCGCUCAGAGGAUUGAUCUGAGCCAUUUUUUUGCUGUUACGUAAAACAUUUUGUGUCUCGGAGGUUCUUGUAGAUUUUAUUUACGCAUGUCAAGAAAGGAUAAAGGGGGAGGAGAGGGCAUCCCUUAUACAGGCCCUUUUACACAAGUAAUUCGUCUCCAGAUAUUUUCAGACCCGCUCUUCUUCCUUUAUUCUCUCUUGGCAUGUUAAAGAUAAUCACAGCAGAGGCACAGUUCUGAGUGGCUAUGUUACUAAAACGAGGAACGGGGAACGGGGAACGAGCGCGGGGAACGGAGAAAUAAAAACAAUGAAAUAAAAAAAAAUAGAAUGAGUAAUGAAGUUAGUUAUAGAGCUAGGAAUUAAGUGAGGUUUUGUACCCAUUCUUCAUUUUCUCUUUCCCCGUGCUCGUUCCGCGUUCCCCGUUCUCCCUUUUAGCGACAUUCUGGAGCUGGUGAUCUUGCCGUCUAGGAGUCCAAUUGUGUCCCACAGCAUCAAAGCCGCGUGCUUGAUCACAUGAUGAUUGUAAAAUUUAUUUUCCAUUAACAUGUUGUUUGGCGUUUCAUUAUAGACACUCGGGUUGUUGGUCCAUUUCUUCCUAGCCCAGCUAAGCCUUUACCCAAAGAGCUGGAAGAAUUCGUAGGAAAAGCUGGUGACGAAGGUGUUAUCGUGGUGUCAUUUGGUAGUGUUUUGGGAGAUACUGCGGGACUAAAUGGAUCACUCUUGCAAGGAAUGGCUGACGCUUUCUCCAAGCUUCCUCAAAAGAUUAUCUGGAAAAUGAAGUUAGAAGGUACGUUCAUUGAAAGGAUUAUACUCAUGCACGCAAGGAACAGCUAUUACAUUAAUCAGCAGAUUAACCUAUUAGCUUCCACUUCUUACAUGUCUCUAUAAACAACAUGAAAUAUAUUUGACCGCAGACUCGUCUAAGAAGUUUGCGAAUAUGAGAAUCAAGAACUUGUCCCCGCCAUCAGCGUAUGCAGAACAUUGUGAAAGAUCGUGGCCAGGAAUGUAAACGUUUCAACUAAAAGUCAGAGUUUGAUCGUGAGAAGGGUUGUCAAAUUGCACCAUGAACCCGUUUUCGUAAUGUUGGCUAUAUAUAAUUACAAGGCUUCGCGGGAAACUGGGCAAAAAUUCCUCCCUAGGAAAGUCCCAUAAAGCAAUUUCACACCACAACGUUCCAAUCUCACGCGUAACUUUGAACCUUUAGGACCUUAUCCUCUUAACGAGUAAGGACAAUAAGGAGGAACUGAAGGAGUAAUGUCCGUGAGUCUUUCUUUAUCUGUCCUCGAUAAACGCGAUUGCCCAGAGUCGUAGUUUCCAGUGAUACGUGACGAUCGGUAACUCGGUUGCGAAUGAGAAAACUGUGAUAAAUUAUCAUGUCACGAUAGUGGGACAAAGUGCGGGGAUCGAUCAGCAUUGUGGAGAGUGUACUGUAUGCUCUCUAAAUUUCUGAUCUUGUGUGGUUUGAGGACUUGUGUCACAUAUGAAGCUGCAAGUUAGAGGGAGAUUCUCUCUGAUUCCCAUUGUAGCUCCGCGGAUGCAACUCCCAAGGGGUGCCCGGGAAUCCUGUCGGGGACUCUUGGACUCAUGGAUUUGUUUCUUUGACCCACUGGUGACAUGUCAUUUACCACAUUCUUCUCAAUCAUAUAAUUUUUCUUUGGGCUAUCCUGUAAACAGAACAGGUUCAAGGAAAAAGGCAAAAAGGAAAUAUUGGCGAGCGGUGUAAGCCAAACAUUGUCCCUGGCGUAAAGCUACAAUUGUUGCCGCUGCGCUCCACCAAAAAUUGUGUAAUCUCGUGCUCAGAAUCUUAAUGGUGUCCGUUUGCAGGUUUGAAAUGUCACCUUGGAGAUCUGGGCACAGAUUAGAAAGUAUGUUUACAGACAAGCGUUUGUCUGUUGGUCUCAGCAGAACGCCCUUCGUUGAGCACGUUAAAGCGAAGCAAAGCGCCAACCAGAGGAAAACCUCAUCAGGACCAUUAGCAAAAGCAAAUCAAAUGCUUCUCACAUGUAACAGCUGCAGAAGUAGAAGCGUAUUAUCUGAUCGCUGUUAAAUAACCUAGUAACUGUACGCAUUUAUUUUUCUUAACAGGCAAGCUACAGGUGUCAGUGAGUGACAAUGUCAAACUGAUGUCAUGGUUACCACAGAAUGACAUUCUCGGUCAUCCUAAGACUCGUCUAUUUAUAUGCCACGCAGGACUUAAUGGUAUCCUAGAAUCAACCUACCACGGAGUGCCAAUGAUUCUUACACCUUUUUUCGGAGAUCAGUUUUAUAACGCGAACACUAUGAAACAGUCAGGAGUUGGGGAGGUUGUAAACUUGUGGUCCAUGUCGUCAGAAGAGUUCGUUAGUUUGAUACGAAAGGUGUUAGGCGACCCCAGGUGAGUACUUUGGGAACACCUUAUAAAGUUAACAACUGUUGCAAGAGCGUACCUUAUGAUAGAUUUCAUGCUCGAUAUUUUCAUGUCAUUUCAUGCAUUUUUCGAGCUAUUUUCACUAAACCGUCGACACUCAUGGCAUACCCUCUACUUUGUGGCUCUUGUGGUUUUGUCCGGAAAAAUUACAUUUGCUAACAGUCUUAGAUUGACAACAACUUCUUUCGGGCGCUAAAAAACGUUUUAGCUCGCAGGUGACGCGUACACUUACAAUAUUUGUAGAGCAUUCCCAUAUGUCAUGAUAACUCAGCAGCCAAUCAAACCUCCAGAAUUGCCUUAUUCAAUGAUCCAGUACUUGCCACCCAGGCUGUAACACACACCACGAUUGCAUUGAUUGUUCUUCGUAAAUCUACCCACACCACGGUAAAUCCAAUAAAUUAUACUGAAAUGACAGAAGUUACCUUUUAGAUUUCUACCGAGGCACGGUUUCUUGUAGAAUUUGCCAUCGGUAAAUGAAAAAAGAUCGAAUGCAAGAAACGAUCGUGACACUUUUGCCGAAGUAAAGUCUUUAACACCCGCUAAUUUUUUUUUAAGAAAACCCCAUUUAUAAAAUAAUAAUAAUAAUAAUAAUAAUAAUAAUAAUAAUAAUAAUAAUAAUAAAUCGAACACACAGUAGCUGUUUUAGCAGUACUGUGUAUCCGCAGCAAUAGCAGCAGUAACAGAGUAGAUUGAUCGGACAAUAGUCUCCUGACCUACACUGAAACCAUCCGAGUGGCAAUCUCGUGCUUAAACAUUAAAGAAUUAGAUUGGAUGUUGUAAAAGUUGGACCUCAAAGUAUAUCUAAAUCAGAUGGGGAAUAGAAAAAAAAAUGCACAGCCUCAAAUGACCGCCCUUUUUUUUCUGAUACUUCCUUAACGUAAUGACACGAAACGUGAUUUUCCAACCGUAUUUCGCCGGUUUUCCAAUGUAAAUGGUAUGUAUGCUAGGACCCUCCCCUCCCUUUAUUUCUAGUAUCAGGGUGUAUUGGGUACAAAAUGUUGAGCAAAAUUGCAAGUAUAAAUCUCAUCGGGGCAUAAUUAUGUUUCGCGGUUCGGAGCCAAGGAUUGUAAAAAAUGGGAUAGGGAGAAUUAUCUCGAAUGGUGAACAUCCUCAGUUCGUCCAUGAGAAUUUAUAAGACAAGAAUGAGAAGCAAAUCUAGCAGACAGUUGUGGUUAUAGGUGAGUGAUAGUGUUGGGGGCUUGGCGAUCAGCUAGCGGUUUUUAAACUAUUAUCUUUUCUUUUAGUUAUCGCAAGAUGGCAAAAGGAAUAUCCAACUCGGUUAAGCUUCUGCCACGCCCACCUGUAAAAGAAGCCGCUGACUGGGUGGAGUACACACUGGCUCUGGAUGGCUUACCGUUCCUCAGACCUCGAGGACUGGACCUGCCAUUUUAUCAGCUGUAUCUUCUGGAUAUUUUAUUGUUGGCAUUUUUUAUCUUGUUUUUAACAGUGUUUGCUCUCAGAUUCUUGUUAAAGACAGUUAUUAAUCUUUUGUUGGCACCAGAUGUAAAAGAGAAAGCUAGCUAAAAAGAGAACAUUUUUAGUGUGGUCAAAACAAGGAUACAUCAUCUUGACUAAGGGCAAAGAGAUGAGGGCUAAGUCAGCACAUAAAGCUUACCUUGGCAGACAAACCUUGCUUAUACAGGAAAAUUUUCAUCCUGUAUCUGUCUGAUUGUAUUACAUUAGUUACAUGAUAGCUUUGGACCUGCAGCCUCCGCAGUUCGGGGGAAAAAGGAAACCUUGUUGUCAGGGUUCUCUCGAAGCAAGAGAAAGAACCCUGGGAAAGAGGUUUGGAAAAAGCCGAAACAAAAUCGGCGAACAAAGCGAGCCGAAAGGGAGUCUGGGGAAGGGAAAGCCCAGUGCUCGGCUCGCUUUGCUCUCCAAUUUUUUUGCUGCUUCUCUCCAUUUUUGCCUUUAUCCCCCACUACGGAGCCUGGUCCCAGGCUAAUCUUUUGAAUAAAGCUGAACUAACUAAGUGUAGCAAAUGGUUGAUAGCCGCUUAAUAGAGGAGACAGCAACAUUAAUAAAAGAACUGUCGUCGGGAUGGGCAAAAGAUGGCCGCGGUCACUUGAGAGAGGAGGCCGCUCACAAGAGGUUUAAUUUACAAUUCUUUUCUACAAUGAUUUCAGGACUUUGGUUAUUGGCCGCUUAGUAAAGGGUGGUCGCUUAAUAGGCAGGCGGUUGAUGAAGUUCAAUUGUCAAUUCCAAGGAAGACACCAAAGUUGUUUUUGUGGGGUGGUGUGUGGGUCUUGACUGUGUACAAUAGGUUUCUGGGGGUAAAAGGAGAAGAGAGAAGCGAAAAGGGAAGACAGCGAUGAGAGAGAAACUUUCUUUUCUUUUUCCCCCUCCCCGCUGCGUCCGCUAAAAAUCUCCUUUCCCAUAACCCCUAAGGAAGGCCUGAUACUUAGGCUAACUUGAGAUUACGUGACAAAAACAGAUGUAAUUGAUAUGCGCAUGCGAGGAAGCACAAUGGGCUAAUAUUUAUUUAAAUUUUAAAGGCUUCCUUUCAGGGGUUCUUAGCUGGACACUUAGUACAAUUAUGGCGGCUUUGGGAACAGCUCUGUUGCUCUCGCUUGUUUCAGGAUGCUUUGCUGCAAAAUUUGUCAUGUUUCCCAUGUUUGGACGAAGCCAUUACAUGAUUCUAAACAAACUGGGACAAGAACUGUCAGAUAGGGGCCAUGAGGUAUGCAAAUAAGAGUACAAAAUUUUCAGUAACAGCACGAUUGUUAUUUGGUCCAGCUUUUGUUGUUGUCAACUAGCAUAUAAGCUAAGGGUCUUCAACGUACUUUAUGGUACAAUUCCGUGAUACCUCAUGAAGCGUGAUGAAGGGAUAUUGUGAUUCUGAGUACAGCCAAGAAGUGCUACAGCCUACAGUGUCUACAUUGCAUGACAAUUACACACACAUUCAUGAUAAUCCUAGCAGUCGAGAGACGGUACAGGAUAUUAAGAAGCAGCCCAAAAAGACUUAAAAGAAAAGUGGCUGUAACCGGCAUAGCUCGGCAUGGAAAGUAAUCACUGACUAAAAAAGAGAGAAGACACUCUCUCCGUUUUGGUACAUUGAAAACAAUUAAACUAAUGUCAUGCCGGUAUACAUGGCUCUACCCAGGAGCAGAGAUCAGUAAUUGACCGUUUAUAAUCCUGGUUUAUAAUCUACAUAAGCUAUUAAAUUCAAAUCCCUGAGUACAUUUUGAAAUGAAAUCACGAAAGCAUUCUUGCUGUCUGUUUUUUCGUUCACUUUUGGUUGAGUAAAGCAGUGAGGCCAAAAUGCUGAUUCACGAUGCCGAUUAAUCAGUCUCUAGGGCAAUAUCUGCAAUAUACCAAUAAUUUAUCUUGUAUAAUUUUCAUCGUGAUUACUGUAUUUGUAAUGAGGUAUUGUUUGCCUUACUGAAAGGGGACUGAAAGCUCCUGCCUCGUAAAUAUAGAUUUCGACCUAUUUUCCCGUAACUGUCAUCGCCAGCGGGCGGCCAUCUUGUAAAUGAACGACAGAUUUUCGUUGAAACUCAGUACACUGUUGAAAUAAGUUAAGACAGUGAUAAAAUGUAAUAAAAAGAGGGCUUCACUUGGCUCGUUUUAGCAGUUCAGUGCUGACAAAUACGGCUAUUUAGGCGCGUUUAGCAAUCAUGAUCAGCCGUAUGAAGCCCAAAGCUGGACAUACAGAUCGACUGAUAUAGGCGCGGAUUUUUCCAUGAUGCUUGUGUUUUCACACAGAAGUUGGGUUUAUUCUAUCGCUUAUCCACGCACGCAUACCUGGCGCUACGUGGAAGGUGGAAGAAGGCAUUGAAAAGUACGAUUUUAGGGAAUUUUUACCUCGAGAUAUUGCAAUUACUUUGUAGGACGUAAAGUGUUAAAGACGGAGCCUAGACGUCCGUUUAUAGUGACUCAGCACGAGUCAGUCAGGAUCCACUAUCGUAAGCUUCGGUGAAUUUGGAAUACGCCACACUCGGCACUCAUACCGCUACCGUUACACACAUUCUCAAAACAUUGAAACUCAUCUUGACCAAAGUAAAACCACUAUAGAAAAUUCCCUUAACGUUUCUUUUUUAUCUACAUCACAUUAACAAUGUUUCUGCAGAAGACUGAUAUUUUCACUAGCCACCAUCUCGUUAUGUGCAGUGCCGCAAAACCAGCUAAUCACUUUGACAACGCCCAUUCUAUAAAAAGAAAAUGCAACUUCUAUAUCAAAUCUAAUUUCUUAUAAAUUUGCCCUUGUGGAAAAAAACUGUUUGCCCAUUGAAUCUGAAGCUAAACUUUCGGUACUUCGUUUCUUUAGGAAUAGCAGGGUGAGGAGAACGCCAAAGCGCGCGUUAAAAUUGCUACCCUUGAGGAACACGGUAAUACAAAGAGGGGAGAGAGCAAAUCCUGCUAUUUGGCUCGCCCUACUAUCCCCGAGGAAAGUGAGGGACUUUUCUUAGUCUUCCUUGAGGCCUAGCAAGUUCAAUAACUACAAGGGUCCGCAAGUAUUUUGGAAUAAGGAAUGACCUCCUUCUUUUGAGUAGUUUAAGGCUAAUCUCGUCCCAGAUCUCCCACGGCCAAGGGAAAAAAGAGUGAGAUCUGGGUACGAGAUUAGUUUAAGGCCUGGCUCUAAUGGGUUUACCUGCGGAAAACGAUUUACUGGCUACAUAAACUUCGGCACAGAUUAUGGAACGCAAUCAAUAUUUGGCACACAUAACGAACUCAUCGUUCUUAACAUUUUAAAGUAUGGAUAUUGUGUUACUAGGUCACGUGAUGUGUCACGUGACCAUUUUUCUAAAAGUCUUAAAUAAUUGACAAAUUGGUGGCGGGUUUCAGGAAAGAAAUCCGGCCAUAGCAUUUUUUCUCAUUCAUAUUAAGGAAUUUUUAACACUUCACGUUUGGAAUGUUCGAUAAAAAAAAUUAUGAGGGAAAACAUUUUAAAUGCUCAAAUAUAAUCUUGAAUUAUAUAAAACUUUUAUUAAUAUAAACUUCGCGUACAUUCAUUCCAACCUCUGUAGAAAGUAAGGCAUGUUUACCCUCCAUCAGAAAUGCCAAUUUAUUUAACCAAACAAAGCAACUAUGAGUAUAUUAAAGAUGAAACAACAACAACAUGAUAUUAAUUUUUGAGGAGGACUCGGAAAAAAAAAUAAUAAAAAAUAAAAAAAAUCCGAGUCCCAGAUGGGAUUUUUUUGUUGGCCGCAUCUUUGAUAAGCUUUAAGGUGACAGCGGAUGCUGUUAGUGGGUUCUUGUGUGCCAGUCAUUACUUGGCUGUGUAGCCGCCUGAUGCGGUUCCAGUGGAGACCCACAAAUUGGCCCUUGCUCACCAUAGAGUCUCCAGUAGCUCAAGUGGUUAGAGCAUCCGACUAGAUCACGGAGGGUCGUGGAUUCAAAUCCCAUCUGGGACUCGGAUUUUUUUUCCGAGUCCUCCUCAAAAAUUAAUAUCAUAAAGCAACUAUGCGCCACCAAUUUGCCAAUUUCCUUCAUUUUCAAUUUUUGAUCGCGUGACAUGUCACACGACCUUAAUUAAACGUUAAGGCACAAGAAGACCUCAAGAUUUACUUUUGGAGAAAAAUUCAUCUUUCUUUAAGUUUCCUAGCGAGAGAUAUUGCCAAUCAAUCAUAUGCUCCGACCACACCUUUGACCUAGGCCUUGAACCCCUUCAGUCGAGGAAUAGCCCGCAACGAACCAAGAUAACGUGCAUUGAAUAAGGCUACUUACUGUUUUAUCAUCGUCUUGACAGGUUAUUCUAUUUAUGGGAACAACGGCUAAAUAUGCUGCAAACAAUCCACAUGUACGCUUCUUUAACGACAGCAAGACCUUUUCUACGAUCACUUCAGGAAAGCAGAACACGCCGUUGAGUGCAAGACAGCAAUUUAACAUUCUUUUCACCACCCAGUCAUCGUAUUGCGAUGAAAUGCUUAGUGACGUGGAGCUUAUGAAGGAAACUAAUGAUGCCAAUCUCGUUGUUGGUGAACUGUGGUAUCUCUGCUCAGCGUUAGUAGCGGACAAAUUAUCAGUACCACAAGUUUUGAUAUCUGCAGCGCCUUUGUCCACACCAUCUUCGUUUGCAGUUGGUAUGCCCGCUCCGCCAGCCUAUAUACCUCAAAUAAGCAACAAUGAUAAUAGAAUGUCGAAUAUUAUUGACAGAGCCAGGAAUGUACUACAAUUGAUAUCACUGUAUUGGUAUUACUUGCAGGAUUUUUGCCCACUUUAUGGCAAUAUUAAAGCAAAAUACAACAUCACACCCAACAAAAGCAUCCACGAAACACUCGGAAGAGCUGAUCUGAUUAUUGGUCAGAUACCGUUUGGAUUAGAGCAUCCGAGGCCUGUCCAUCCAAGUAAGUCGGUUUUUUUCUCAUUUAUUUUCAUAUUACUGUACACCACAGUUUAAGAAUAAGUAAGUCGUUUUUUUUUCCUCGUUUCUUUUUACAUUACUGUACACCGCAGUUUUAUAAGAAUCGCAAUUUAGUUAUUAGUUUAGGACCUAAUUUUGUGCCGUCUUCAACAAAACAUGUGUCACUUAUGAAUGUCGCUUAGAAUUCCCUGUGAGUAAAGCUAUCAAAUCUGAGUAGAGGGCGCGAAACAUGAAAGCAAAGAACGAAACUCGAAGGCAAAGUAACAGAUAGAGAGAGCUAAGUUCUACUUUUCGCCGCUGGGCUCCUCUUUGACUUUGAGAACGUCUAAAUGGCGUACAUUUGAUUGAUCUGAGCCAAUUUUUCCCCUUAAUAGAAACAGGUUGUGUCACGGAGGUCCUUGGAAACUUUAUUUAUGCAUGUUCAACACCAUCACGGUGGUGGUACAGGUCUGUGGACAGGGACUAAGCUGAGCUGGUAAUUUUCACUGGCCCUUGAUUUCUGGGGGUCCAAUUGUUUUCCACAACAUUGUAGUCCCGCGUUCGAUCUCAUGGUGAUUAUAAUAACAUGUCUUUUUCUUUAACAUGUCCUGUGCUGUUUCAUAAUAGACACUCGGGUUGUUGGUCCAUUCCUUCCCAGUCCAGCUAAGCCUCUACCAAAAGAGCUGGAGGAAUUCAUAGGAAAAGACGGUGACCAAGAUGUUAUCUUAGUUUCAUUUGGUAGCAUUUUGGGAGAAAUUGCAGAAUUAAAUGAAUCACUCUUGCAAAGAAUGGCUGACGCUUUCUCUAAGCUUCCACAAAAGGUUAUCUGGAAAAUGAAGUUAGAAGGUAUGUUCAUAAACACAACGAGGAAUAUCCUCAUUCAAGCAAGGAAGAGUAAUUACAAUGAACAGCGUACUGUAACUAGCCUGGUUACAGACCUUCCAUUGUCUCUUUAUAGAGAAAAGAUUAGCGGGCCGGAUUAACUUGAUUAGAUGGCGGGUGCUGUAGAUUUUUAACGGUGAAGUCGAGUGAAGGUUGGGAGCAAAUACCCGGUAGCUUUUGCUCGGCGGCUCCGCCGUGCAAACGGACGCAAUAUUGUCGGAUGUUACAUGUUGCGUCCGUUUGCACACCCUGUUGCGUGUUGUUGGAUGUCGUUGCGCAAAGUUUGAAACCAGUCAAACUUUUCAGCCAACAACUCCCAACAUUUCUUUUGCUCCGUGAUCGCCGAAGCGUAGCGCAACAAUGUUGGAUCCGUUUGCACAGCUCUUCCAACAUUGUUGGGGUCACGCACGCUCAUUACGCUUGGUUUACAAAGACUUGUGUGUUGUAUCCUUCCCACGAUACACUGCAGGUCCCAACAUUGUUGGGAGUUGUUACAUCUGUUUGCACACCGCUGCCAACACUCACGCAACAAUGUUGGAGUUGUUGCGUCCGUUUGCAGGCAGCCUAAGAACGUAUGUAGGAUAUAAUAAUUCCACCAACUACGUAGGCUAUUUACAGCUCCUCGAGCGCGUGUAUGAAAAUAAAUAAAUCUGCGAGGGAAUUAUUAAGCGCUAGCGCAAGGGGGUGGGGUGGGCAUUGCGACCCCCCCCCCAUCUUGCCUUACGUGCAGUCAUUUCAGAAAAAAGCCUUAUUAGCAAAGAUAAAUCAAAUACUGCCUACUCGCAUAGCAUGGCUGCAGAAGGGUACAAUUUGGUCGCUGUUAAAUUACCCAGUAACUGUACGCAUUUUUUUCUCAACAGGCAAGCUACAGGUGUCAGUAAGUGACAAUGUCAAACUGAUGUCAUGGUUACCACAGAAUGACAUUCUCGGUCAUCCUAAGACUCGUCUAUUUAUAGGCCACGCAGGAAUUAAUGGUAUCCUAGAAUCAACCUACCACGGAGUGCCAAUGAUCCUUGCACCCUUUUUCGGAGAUCAAUUUUACAAUGCUAACACUAUGAAACAGUCAGGACUUGCGGAGGUUGUAAACUUGUGGUCCAUGUCAUCAGAAGAGUUCGUUAGCUUGAUACAAAAAGUGUUAAGCGACCCCAGGUGAGUUCUUUGGAAACUCCUUGCACGAGCGAAUCUUAUGGUAGAUUUAAUGAACAAUUAUUAGACGAGGGUGAGCAAAAUAUCGUGAUUUGUCAGUGGCGAAUAGAUCAUCUCUGCGACACACUGAAAAAUCACGAUAUUUUGCAAUAACCUCGUUCAAUAAUUCUUUUAUCAUUCGGUCACCGAAUUUGUUUUUUAAUGAAUAUCUUUGGGGAGCUGCCAUUUUCACGCAAGAGCGAUUCGCAAGAAGGAGAAAAGCGCAUGAGCAGAAUAUUAUUGCAGCCAAAUAUAGUUGGACGACAUUGCGCAUGAGCAGACCAUUAUUUGCGGGUCACGAGGUAGGCUGUCGGCUAAUGAAAAGGAAGAAAAAUUUGCAUCGAAUGAUAAUGCUCGAUAUUUCCAUGUAAUUUCAUGUAUUUUUCGAGAUAUUUUUAUAGAACCUUCGGCGCUCAUGGCAUAUAUUCCACUGUGUGGCUCUCGUGGUGUUGUCCGGAAAAAAAUAACAUUUUCUAGCAGUCUUAGAAUAACAAGAACUUCCUUCGGGCACCAUUGGCGUCUCCUCGAAAAAAGUUUCAGCUCAUAUUUAUAGAGUGUUACCCAUAGGUCAUGAUAGUUCAGUAGCCAAUCAAACCUCCAGAAUUGCGUUACUGAAUGAUACAGCACUUGCCACUCAGGCUGUUAUACACACCACGAUUGCAUUGCUUGUUCUUCGUGAAUAAACUCACAUCACGGUAAAUCGAGUAAAUCAUACUGAAAUGACAGAGGUUAGCUUUUUGAUUUCUAUCGCGGCACAUCUACUUGUGGCCGACUUUUUAAUAGCCUGUGUACCGACGAUCCCACUCCUCAGUAAAAAUCACCCCUUUCCCGAUUUUUUUUACUUAGGGGUGGAUGCGUCUGUACAAAGGCUAACUACUUAAAGGUAGAAUUUGCUAUCAGUAAAUGAAAAAGAAUGCAAGAAAACGAUCGUUACACGUUUGCCGACUUGAAAGUCUUAAACACUUCUAAACAAAUGAAUCGAACACCCAGUAGUUGUUUUAGCAGUACUGUAGCAGCAGCAGUAGCAGCAGAAGCAGCGUAGAUUGAUUGGCCGAUAGUCUAGGGACCGCACUGAAACCAGCCGAGUGGCAAUCUCUUGCAAAAACAUUAAACAAUUAGAUUUGACGUUGUAAGAGAAGGACCCGCUUCAAAGUAUAUCUAAAUCACCGGAGGAGUAGAAAAAAAUGCACCGCCUCAAAUGACCGCCCAUUUUUUUCUGAAACUUCCCUAACGUAAUGACACGAAACGUGAUUUUCCACCCGUAUUUCGCCGGUUUUCCCAUGUAAAUGGUAUGUAUCCCAGGAUCCUCCCCUCCCUUUAUUUCUAGUAUCAGGGUCAGGUAUAAAAUGUUGAACAAAAUUGCAAGUAUAAAGCUCAUCGGGGCGUAUGUUUCACGGUUCGGAACCAAGGAUUGUAACGCUGAUAGAAAAAUUGGAUAGGGAUAAAUAUCUCGAAUUGGGAACAUCCUUAGUUCGUCGAUGGUAAUUUAUAAGACAAGAAUGAAAAACAAAUCUAGCAGACAGUUGUGCUUAUAGGUGAGUGAUGGUGAUGGGGGCUUUGCAAUCAGCUAGCGCUUUAACUAUUAACUAUUAACUAUUUUCUUUUAGUUAUCGCAAGAUGGCAAAAGGAAUAUCCAAUUCGGUUAAGCUUCUGCCACGCCCACCUGUAAAAGAAGCCGCCGACUGGGUGGAGUACACGCUGGCUCAGGGUGGUUUACCGUUCCUCAGACCUCGAGGACUGGACCUGCCAUUUUAUCAGUUGUAUCUUCUGGAUAUCUUAUUGUUGGCAUUUUUGGUCUUGUUUUUAACAGUGUUUGCUCUCAGAUUCUUGUUAAAGGCAGCUAUUAAUCUUUUGUUGGCACCAGCUACAAAAGAGAAAGCUAACUAAUAGAGGACAUUUUUUAGUGUGGUCAAAACAAGGAUACAUUAUCUUGACUAAGGGCAAAGAGAUGAGGGCUAAGUCAGUACAUAAAGCUUACCUUGGCAGACAAACCUUGCUUAUACAGGAAAAUUUUCAUCCUGUACCUGUCUGAUUGAAUGAUUGUAUUACAUUAGUCACAUGAUAGACUGCAAAACAGUCCGUAUUUUUAAGUAUUCAAGUACGCGCAAGCAGUCAAUCAAAAGGUCUGGAAUGAGGCUGAAACAGAGAGCGAGACUGGGGAGAGACGCUAAAAAUACGAUUGUGGGUCCACAUGAGCACAAGGGAGGAAGAACAAUAUUUCUGCUCUGUAUCUUCUCCUUUAAAAUUGCUUGCAAAGCUUCUAUAUAUCUCUCUGUUUCCCUUUCUUUUUGAAGUUUCUUAUGCUUUUUAGCUAAAUUUGCUUCAAUUUUCUUUUGUUCUUGAGCUCUUAGGAAAGAUUCUUCCUCUUUCCUCAUCCUUCUCAUCUUCAGUUUGUCAAUUUGAUGUUGCUCUAUUUCAAGUCGUUCAACUUCCUUUUCAACUUUCAGAGCCUCCAUUCUUUUACGAUGUUCCUUCAUUCUUAUGUUCUCUCUCACUUGUUCCCGUUCAAUGUCCAUAAACAAACGCCUGUAAACAGCAACUUGACUUUUUUCACGUGCUUUCUUAUCCUCCAUCAGCUUAGAAGGUUGUAAAAGAGCUUCGACUGUUUUAGACUUUCUGUUUGUCUGGGUAUCGGAUUUUUUCUGCUGGACAUUUAGGUCAUUGUUUUCAAUUUCUGAAUUCUCUUCAUCUUGGACAUCUUGAAAGUGAACAUGUUUCACUCGAUGCUCUGGCAAUCUAGACCCAAAAUAACUACAUUGAUUAUAGACUGCAAAACAGUCCGUAUUUUUAAGUAUUCAAGUACGCGCAAGCAGUCAAUCAAAAGGUCUGGAAUGAGGCUGAAACAGAGAGCGAGACUGGGGAGAGACGCUGAAAAUACGGACUGUCCGUUUUGCAUUACCCGCUUCUCCCAGCCACGGGCAAUUCCCAUUGGCUAAAUUUCGAUGCAAGCUGUCACCAAGCUGUCAAGUAAUGUUUUCAACAUGUCAUUCACGUUGUUCCAUACCGUGAUGAAUUGCUAAAGCUUUCGCUGUAAAAUGACAGAUGUUGAUCGCCUGGAUCUGGCCUGGAUUUGCUCGCAAGAAUUGGGAUUUGUUUUAAAAUCGGAGCAGAGGGAAGCUUUGGAGUUGCUACUCAGGGGAAAGGAUGUUUUCUGUGUUCUACCAACAGUAUUUGACAAAAGCCUUAUUUAUCGGAUGUUUGUUCAGGCCGACCGUCAUUGUUAUCUCGCCUGGCUAAAAAAGCGGGAUCGGUAGGAAACACACGACUUUUACCUCAUGCAAACAUGCCGCUUGUUCCAAUGAAUUGUUUUCUCUGUCGAGUAGAUUAUGCUUUGGAGGAAAACGUUUUGACUGAGCAAAUGUGAAUUUUGGCCGCUUAUUAAAUAUAUUUCAUACUGAGAGGACGUGACACGCAUAUUGAUUUUCUCUGGUAGGCAUGAUUCGCCCUCUGACGCAAGAGCAUUUUCUUUCUUGGCCCCUUUAGAAAUGUAAAGCUCUUCAUUGCGGCUGAUUAAGGGUUUUAGGUUGUUUUAUUUCUCCAAAGUGCCUCCUGGAUUUGAAUAAUUUUAAGCGAUUUUCUUUUGUGUCCGUGAAUGUGACUUUUUCCUGCAAUGUUUUGUCACGCUGGGUCCAGCUCGUUAGCGUUUUUGGCAGGAUUUUAAAUUCUCACCGAUAGUAAUUUACAGAGCUAAAUCACCAAUACGUGGUUUGGAAUGAGGGGAUUUACUCAUUCUUUUCAAUCACAAUAAUUGUUCAUUGUCAGUUGGCGUGUUCUUCUCUAAUUUGCGAAAGCAUCGCCGUUCAGUUUCCCGGGGCAAUUUCUAACCGUUGUUCCGCACGGAGAGCAAACUGCUUUUGUGGAGAAAGAUUCUCCUUCCUCGAGGACAACGAAAAGUUCGUUUUUCAGUAGGUCUGCCCACUUUGGUAACGUUUCCCCUUUUCUGGUAGGCGCAACAAACGCAUUUUCCGAGCUUAUCCGUCCGUUCGUAAAAUUGCCGAACUGUGUUUUGAAACAACAGCCGCACAUUCUACAAUUUGUCCAAAGCCCUCGGCUCUUUCGGCUUUCUCCCACUUCGAGGACCAGGCACAGGCUUUGUUGUCGUACUGCCACUUUCACUCAUUUUUGAUCCUCCACUAUAUAUACUACAUUUCACUAUAUAUUAUACACUACAUUUCACAGGGAAGCAAUGCUAAAAAUAAUAACACGCGAGUCUAUCAAAUUCACAAAGAGGGCGGAGUUGCGAACAGAUUUUUGACAGCUCGACGACAUUUUUGAACCCCCUGGUCGGAACGAACUCAUUGUAUGGAAAACGGACAGUCGGUUUUUUUUCUCUCGCCUCACACGCCCUACAGGCGUGUGAGGCUCGCGCGCUUCGCGCGCGUAAGACUCUUACGCCACGCUUUACCGAUUUCUUUACUGAUUUUGAGAAAAAAAAACCGACUAUUUUGCAGUCUAGUCACAUGAUAGCUUUGGACCUGCAGCCUCCGCAGUUCGGGGGAAAAAGGGAACCUUGUUGUCAGGGUUCUCUCGAAGCAAGAGAAAGAACCCUGGGAAAGUGGUUUGGAAAAAGCCGAAACAAAAUCGGCGAACAAAGUGAGCCGAGCGGGAGUCUGGGGAAGGGAAAGCCCACUGCUCGGCUCGCUUUGCUCUCCGAUUUUUUUGCUGCUUCACUCCGUUUUUGUCUUUAUCCCCCACUACGGAGCCUGGUCCCAGGCUAAUCUCGGACUGUUUUUUCCUUAGCCUGCGUAGCAUGGCGGUUUUGGUUGGGCGCGCUAAGUAAUAAAGGUGGGCGAGGGCAGAGAAACCGCGAGGAGCAGGCUAUUUUUUCCUUCACUGUAUUUUUUAAAUAAAGCUGAACUAAGUGUAGCAAAUGGUUGAUAGCCGCUUAAUAGAGGUGACAGCAACAUUAAUAAAAGAACUGUCGUCGGGAUGGGCAAAAGAUGGCCGCGGUCACUUGAGAGAGGAAGCUGCUCACAAGAGGUUUAAUUUACAAUUCUUUUCUACAAUGAUUUCGGGACUUUGGUUAUUGGCCGCUUAACAAAGGGUGGUCGCUUAAUAGUUAGGUGCUUGAUUGAGGUUCAAUUGUCAAUGCAUGGUAAGGAAGACACCAAAGUUGUUUUUGUGGGGUGGUGUGUGGGUCUUGACUGUGUACAAUAGGUUUCUGGGGGUAAAAGGAGAAGAGAGAAGCGAAAACGGAAGACAGCGAAGAGAGAGAAACAUUCUUUCCUUUUUUUGCCCCUCCCCGCUGCGUCCGCUAAAAAUCUCCUUUCCCAUAACCCCUAAGGAAGGCCCAGGGCCCGGUUGCAUAAAACGCCCGUAACAGUUACGGGUAUACGUACGUGUACUCGUAACUUAAGUCAGUUGCAUUAACUCACUUACGUGGUCCACUUAGGGAUUUCACUUAAGUGGCUGCACUUACGAUUGUCGUAAGUAUCCACUUAAGUGUCAUUUAUGCAACAGAAAUUGCGGGUGUUGCAUAAAAUCUUUUUUACGGGAAAAUUAGCACUUAAAUUUACGGGACCUAUGUAGGUCCCGUAUCCUUACUGUUUUUACUAAAGUUAACGAGAUCUUUUACCGAGAAGUGAAAAAAAAUUGUUUUUUCUUUACGUAAUUCCGUUCUAAUGCGCUUUGUUAACCUCUGAUGUACAAUUUAAAGCCGUCGUUAAGAAAAAAGAAGAACAACAAACAUUUCCAGUGGAUAUUGAAGUAAAAUAACGAUUUCAUGUAAACUUUAUUUGAAUGAGAGGCUUAAAAAGGUGUUCGAAACGACUUAACACUUUCUUUACACUCACCGAUGGUUAACUUAAUUUAAGAAAAUAGAGUGAGUCAAAUUAAUAAUUAAAAGUACUAUAACAAAGUUACGUGUGCCCUUAAGUGAGCCCGUAAGUUACCACGUAAAACAGAAACUUACGAGAGCGCUAAGUGUGUUCCAUGCAACACCCGUAAGUGUACCCAUAACGGAUUCUUAAGUGACCUACUUAAGUGGGCACUUAAGUGCAGGUUUUAUGCAACCGGGCCCUGAUACUUACGCUAACUUGAGAUUACGUAACAAAAACAGAUGUAAUUGAUAUGCGCAUGCGAGGAAGCACAAUGGGCUAAUAUUUAUAAUUAUUUAAAUUUUAAAGGCUUCCUUUCAGGAGUUCUUAGCUGGACACUUAGUACAAUUAUGGCGGCUUUGGGAACAGCUCUGUUGUUCUCGCUUGUUUCAGGAUGCUUUGCUGCAAAAUUUGUCAUGUUUCCCAUGUUUGGACGAAGCCAUUACAUGAUUCUAAACAAACUGGGACAAGAACUGUCAGAGAGGGGCCAUGAGGUAUGCAAAUAAGAGUACAAAAUUUUCAGUAACAGCACGAUUGUUAUUUGGUCCAGCUUUUGUUGUUGUCAACUAGUAUAUUAGCUAAGGGCCUUUAACGUACUUUAUGGUACAAUUCCGUGAUACCUCAUAAAGCGUGAUAAGGGGAUAUUGUGAUUCUGAGUACAGCCAAGAAACAUGAAGAAAUGCUAUAGUCUACAGUGUCUACAUCGCAUGACAAUUACACUCAUAUUUAUAAUAAUCCUAGCAGUCGAGAGACGGUACAGGAUAUUAACAAGCAGUCCAAAAAGAAUGAAAAGAAAAGUGGCUGUAACCGGCAUAGCUCGGCAUCGAAAGUAAUCACUGAUUAAAAAGAAGAGAAGACACUCUCUCCGACCUCUCCGUUUUGGUACAUUGAAAACGAUUUAACCAAUGUCCUGUUAUACAUGGCUCUACCCAGGAGCAGAGAUCAGGAAUUGACCGUUUAUAAUCCUGAUUUAUAAUCUACACAAGCUAUUAAAUUCAAAUCGCUGAAUACAUUUUGAAACGAAAUCACGAAAGCAUUCUUGCUGUCUGUUUUUUUCGUACACUUUUGGUUGAGUAAAGUAGUGAAGCUAGAAAUGCUGAUUCACUACGAUUAAUCAGUCUCUAGGGCAAUAUCUGCAAUAUACUAAUAAUUCAUCUUGCAUCAUUUUCAUCGUGAUUACUGUAUUGUAAUGAAAGGGGACUGAAAGCUCGAGCCUCGUAAAUGUAAAUUUCGAGCUAUUCAUCACCAGUGGGCGGCCAUCUUGUAAAUGAACGACAGAUUUUCGUUGAAACUCAGUACGCUGUUGAAGUAACUUAAAGACAAUGAUAAAAUUUAAUAAAAAGAGGCGAUCACUUGGCUCGUUUUCGCGGUUCAGUGCUGACGAAUACGGCUGUUAAGGUGCAUUAUGCAAUCGGUCAGUAUAAAAGAUGGACUGCGGACUGGGUAUAAAAUACGGACUACUUUGGUAAAAACGGUGCUAAUUGGUUCCAGGUAAGGAAAAAUAAGAUCAAAAGAUCACCAAAUAGCAAGACACGAGUUAAAGUUGUAAAUACUCCUAUAAAUCAGUCUUGGUGGAAGUGUGCCGCUCGGUUCUCUAAAUCAUAAGCCGGAUCAAAAUGCUAUUUUCUUCACCUAUUUUUAGACCUUGUCUCGGUCUCUAACAAUCACGAAAGGGGUCAGGAUCAGGGGUGGUACUCCCUUCUAUAAUGGAAGGGUAGGGGGUUUGGGCCUUUUUCGUCUGAAAACGCUUUGUCCAUUUUGAUGUGGAAUCGGGUAUGGUUUUCGAGGGAACAACGGGAGCGUACACGGAAUGGACGUAUUUAUCGUUUCAAUUCCAAAUGAAUAAGAACGAAAUAGAAAUAUGCGAAUUCGAAAUGCAUUUGGAGAAUUUUUUUGUUUCCACUUUAACUUGAUAAUGAUGACAUAAUUUCUGCCUAAUUAGACCUAACCUGUUCCAGCCUCUGAGAUAGCUGGGUCCGCUGAAUUGAGAAAGCGAAAACACGAAAAGAGAGCCUGGAACAGGCGAAAUUAGGCCAGGUCGGAAAAUGGGCAUGGAUUUUAGAGAUCUGGUCUAAAAACGGGUGUGGAAAAUGACAUUUUUUGGUCUGCAAUAAGGUCAGGAUUCGGAGAACCGGGCACCACACCCCCACCAAGAAUUCCCAGCAGUACCCCCCUCGGGGGAUCAGGAGCAGGGUGUAAAUCAAGUCUUCACAAUCAUCGCUUAGAAUAUAACGUUGGAUGACUCAUUUUGGUUAUUAUACACGUAUGUGAGUAAUCACUCCCCCCUAAAUACUGCUUUUGUGCAUCGCGGAAUGCCCUACAUUGACCUUCUCGUCUGAGUUCUUCAUUCAGUCCUCAUAUUCCCAAGGCUUUAUUUGAAACGGAAUUGUGGCAUCCGAUAAGACUUUUACUGAUCUGACUAACACCAAUACUAUUUUUUUCAAUUCGGUGCUUCUUAUUGGUUUCAAACUGCAAAUUGAAAUCUCUUCUAACUCCUUCUUUUUAUAAAAUUCAGAGUUAAAUUUCAGUUGUCUUGAGUACCGGCAUAACCUUCCUUCUCCGUGGGAAGAAUAGACUACGUGAACAGCCAAAGGAAUGUUAAAGCUGGGACUACUGUUUUUGCUAGUCCGUUUUCCACUUCUCUCGGAUUUACCUUUCUAAAGCCGUUUUUAUAUACAUAGUCCGUAGUCCGCGUUUUAUACCUAGUCCGUUUUUUAUACUCAGUCCGGAGUCCGCAUUUUAUACCUAGUCCGUAUUUUAUACCCAGUCCCCAGUCCGUGAUCCGCAGUCCGCAGUCCAUGUUUUACACUGACCGCUUAUGCAAUAUAUAUGUUCAGCUGUGUACAGCCCAAAGCUAGACAUACAGACUGAUAUAGGCGCGGAUUUUUCCAUGAUGCUUCUGUUUCACACAGUAUUUGAGUUUAUUCUAUCGCACGUGCCUAGAAAAAGCCUUUUAAUACCUUUGGCUUUUACUUUACGCCCCGGGCCUUACGCUCAACCGAAAACUGGCCACAAGCGUGAAGUAUCAGCCUUUUUCCUUCCGAUUUUUGAGCGAAGACUGGGGCGAGUUUGAAAAUGGCGCUAUGUAGAAGGUAGAAGAAGGCAUUGAAAAGUACGAUUUCAAGGAAUUUACCUCGAGAUAUAGCAAUUACUUUGUAGGACGUCAAGUGAUAAAGACGGAGCUUAGACGUCUGUUUAUAGUAAUUCAGCAUGAGUGAGUUAGGAUCCACUAUCGUAAGCCUCGGUGAAUCAGUGGAAUAAACCACACUCGGCGCCCAUACCGCUACAGUUACGCACAUUCUCAAAACAUUAAAACUCAUCUUGAGCAAAAUAAAACCACACUCGAAAAUUCCAUUAACGUUUCUUUUUGAUCGACUUCACAUUCAUAAUGUUUCUGCAGAGGAUAUUUUCACUAGCCACCAUCUCAUUAUGUGCAGUGCUGCAAAACCAGCUAAUCACUCUGACAACGCCCAUUCUAUAAGAAGACAAUGCAACUUCUAUUUCAAAUCCAAUUUCUUAUAAAUUUGCCCUUGUGGAAAAAAACUGUUUGCCCAUUGAAUCUGAAGCUAUACUAUAGGUAGUUCUUCGCCGGUUUUCUUUAGGGAUAGUAGGGUAAGAAAAACACGCAAGCGCGCGUUAAAAUUGCUACCCAUGAGGAACAAGGUAAUACAACGAGGGAAGAGGAUAAAUCCUGCUAUUUUGCUCGCCCUACUAUCCCCGAGGAAGGUGAGGGAAUUUUUUAUUCUUCUUUGAAGCCUAGCCAAUUCGAUCGCUACAAGGGUCCGCAAGUAUUUGAGGAUAGCUAAUGACCUCCUUCCUCACGUAGUUCAGUUAAGGCCUGGGUCUAAGGGUUUACUUGCAGAAAACCAUUUACGAGCUAUAAAAACUUCAGCACAGAUUAUGGAACGGAAUCAAAAUUUGGCACACAUAAAGAACUCAUCGUUCUUAACAUUUUAAAGUAUAAAUAGUGUGUUAAUAGGUCACGUGACGUGUCACGUGACCAUUUUUCUAAAAGUCCUAAAUAAUUGACAAAUUGGUGGCGGGUUUAAGAAAAGAAAUCAAGCCAUAGCAUUUUUCUCAUUCAUAUUAAGGAAUUUUUAACACUCCACGUUUGGAGUGUUCAAUAAACAAAUUAUGAGGGAAAACAUUUUAAAUGCCCAAAUAUAAUCUUUAAUUAUAUAAAACUUUAAUUAAUAUAAACUUCGCGUACAUUCAUUCCAACCCCCGUAAAAAGUAAGGUAUGUUUACCCUCCAUCAGAAAUCUCAAUUAAUUUGACCAAACAAAGUAACUAUUCGCCACCAAUUUGCCAAUUUCCUUCAUUUUCAAUUUUUGGUCGCGUAACAUGUCACAUGACCAUAAUUAAACGUUAAGGCACAAGAACAUCUCAAGAUUUACUUUUGCCAAUCAAUCAUAUACUCCGACCACACCUUUGACCCAGGCCUUGAACCCCUUGAGUCGAAGGAUAGCCCGCAACAAACUAAGAUGACGUGCAUUGCAAUAAGGCUACUUAUUGUUUUAUCAUCAUCUUGACAGGUUAUUCUUUUUGUGGGAACAACGGCUAAAUAUGCUACCAACAAUCCACAAGUACGCUUCUUUAACGACAGUAAGACCUUCUCUACGAUCACUUCAGGAAAGCAGAACAAGCCGUCGAGUGCAAGAGAGCAAUUUAACAUUCUUUUCACCACCCAGUCAACUUGUUGCGAUGAAAUGCUUAGUGACAUGGAGCUAAUGAAGGAAACUAAUGAUGCCGAUCUCGUUGUCGGUGAACUGUGGUAUCUCUGCUCAGCGUUAGUAGCGGACAAAUUAUCAGUACCGCAUGUUUUGAUAUCUGCAGCCACUUUUUCCACACCAACUUCGUUUGCAGUUGGUCUGCCCGCUCCUCUAGCCUAUAUACCUCAAAUAAGCAACAAUGAUAAUAGAAUAUCGAAUAUCAUUGACAGAGGUAGGAAUGUACUACAAUGGAUAUUACUGCAUUGGUAUUACAUGCAAGAUUUCUGCCCACUUUAUGGCAAUAUUAAAGCAAAAUACAACAUCACACCCAACAAAAGCAUCCACGAAACACUCGGAAGAGCUGAUCUGAUUAUUGGUCAGAUACCGUUUGGAUUAGAGCAUCCGAGGCCUGUCUAUCCAAGUAAGUCGGGUUUUUUCUCAAUUCUUUUUACAUUACUGUACACCACAGUUUUAUAAUUAAAGAAUCGCAAUUUAGUUAUUAGUCAAGGACCUAAUUUUGUGCCGUCUUCAACAAAACAUGCGUCACUUAUGAACGUCGCUUAGAAUUCCCUGCAAGUAGAGCUGCCAAAUCUGAGUAGAGAGGGCGGAACAUGAAAGCAAAAAACGAAACUCGAAGGCAAAGUACCAGAUUGAGAGUGCUAAGUUCUGCUUUCCGCCGCUGGGCUCGUCUUUGACUUUGAGAACGUCUAAAUGGCUCUCAUUUGAUUGAUCUGAGCCAAUUUUUGCCGUUAAUAGAAACAGGUUGUGUCAAUGAGGUCCUUGGAAAUUUUAUUUAUGCAUGUUCAACACCAUAACGAUGUUCACCAGCUCGUUGAACUGAGCUGGUAAUUUUCACUGGGCCUUGAUUUCUGGGAGUCCAAUUGUUUUCCACAACAUUGCAGUCCCGUGUUCGAUCUCAUGGUGAUUAUAAUAACAUAUAUUUUUCUUUAACAUGCCCUGUGCUGUUUCAUUACAGACACUCGGGUUGUUGGUCCAUUCCUUCCUAGUCCAGCUAAGCCUCUACCAAAAGAGCUGGAGGAAUUCAUAGGAAAAGAUGGUGACGAAGAUGUUAUCUUAGUUUCAUUUGGUAGCAUUUUGGGAGAAAUUGCAGAAUUAAAUGAAUCACUCUUGCAAAAAAUGGCUGACGCUUUCUCUAAGCUUCCACAAAAGGUUAUCUGGAAAAUGAAGUUAGAAGGUAUGUUCAUAAACACACCGAGGAAUAUCCUCAGUCAGUCAAAGAAGAGUAAUUACAGUGAUCAGCGGAUUAACUAGCCUGGUUACAGAUCUUCUAUGUUCUCUUUAUAGAGAAAAGAUUAGCGGGCAGGAUUAGCUUGAUUAGAUGGCGGGUGCUGUAGAUUUUUGACUGCGAAGUCGAGUGAAGGUUGGGAGCAAAUACCCCGUAGCUUUUGCUCGGCGUCUCCGCCUCCAUCUUGCCUUACGAGCAGCGAUUUUAAAUCAAAUGCUACCUACUCACAUGUCAUAACUGCAGAAGGGUACCAUCUGGUCGCUGCUAAAUUACCCAGUAACUGUACGCAUUUUUUUCUCAACAGGCACGCUACAGGUGUCAGUAAGUGACAAUGUCAAACUGAUGUCAUGGUUACCACAGAAUGACAUUCUCGGUCAUCCUAAGACUCGUCUAUUUAUAGGCCACGCAGGAAUUAAUGGUAUCCUAGAAUCAACCUACCACGGAGUGCCAAUGAUCCUUGCACCCUUUUUUGGAGAUCAAUUUUACAAUGCUAACACUAUGAAACAGUCAGGACUUGCGGAGGUUGUAAAUUUGUGGUCCAUGUCAUCAGAAGAGUUCGUUAGCUUGAUACAAAAAGUGUUAAGCGACCCUAGGUGAGUUCUUUAAAAACUCCUUAUGUAGUCAACAAUUGUUGCACGAGCGAAUUGUUAUCGUAGAUUUAAUGAACAAUUAUUGGACGAAGUUGAGCAAAAUAUCGUGAUUUGUCAGUGGCGAAUAGAUCAUCUCUGCGACACACUGACAAAUCACGAUCUUUUGCAAUAACCCAGUUCAAUAAUUCUUUUAUCAUUCGGUCACCGAAUUUUUCUUUUAAUGAAUACCUUUGGGGAGCUGCCAUUUUCACGCAAAAGCGAUCGCUAGAAGGAGAAAAGCGUGGUUUCACUAACGCAUGAGCAGAAUAUUAUUUGCAGCCAAAUACAGUUGGACGACAUGGCGCAUGAGCAGACCAUUAUUUGCAGGUCACGUGGUAGGCUGUCGGCUAAUGAAAAGGAAAAAAAAUUUGCAUCGAAUGAUAAUGCUCGAUAUUUUCAUGUAAUUUUAUGCAUUUUUCGAGAUAUUUUUAUAGAACCUUCGUCACUCAUGGCAUAUAUUCCACUGUGUGGCUCUCGUGGUGUUGUCCGGAAAAAUAACAUUUUCUAGCAGUCUUAGAAUAACAAGAACUUCCUUCGGGCACCAUUGGCGUCUCCUCGAAAAACGUUUCAGCUCAGUUGACGCGUACACUUACCAUAUUUAUAGAGCGUUACCCAUAGGUCAUGAUAGCUCAGUAGCCAAUCAAACCUCCAGAAUUGCGUUAUUGAAUGAUCCAGCACUUGUUACUCAGGCUGUUAUACACACCACGAUUGCACUGCUUAUUAUUUGUAAAUAAACUCACAUCACGGUAAAUCGAGUAAAUCAUACUGAAAUGACAGAGGUUAGCUUUUUGAUUUCUACCGCGGCACAUCCUGACUUGUGGCCGACUUUUUAAUAGCCUGUGUACCGACGCUCCCACUCCUCAGUAAAAAUCACCCCUUUCCCGAUUUUUUUUACUUAGGGGUGAAUGCGUCUGUACAAAGGCUAACUACUUAAAGGUAGAAUGUGCUAUCAGUAAAUGAAAAAGAAUGCAAGAAAACGAUCGUUACACGUUUGCCGACGUGAAAGUCUUAAGCACUUCUAAAAAAAAUGAAUCGAACACCCAGUAGUUGUUUUAGCAGUACUGUAGCAGCUGCAGUAGCAGCAGAAGCCGCGGAGUAGAUUGAUCGGCCGAUAGUCUAGGGACCGCACUGAAACCAGCCGAGUGGCAAUCUCUUGCAAAAACAUUAAACAAUUAGAUUUGACGUUUUAAGCUGAGGACCUGCUUCAAAGUAUAUCUAAAUCACCUGAGGAGUUGAAAAAAAUGCACCGCCUCAAAUGACCGCCCAUUUUUUUCUGAAACUUCCCUAGCGUAAUGACACGAAACGUGAUUUUCUAACCGUAUUUCUCCGGUUUUCCCAUGUAAAUGGUAUAUAUCCCUGCCACUAUAAAACAGACACCUCACUCUGUAGGAUCCUCCCUUCCCUUUAUUUCUAGUAUCAGGGUCAGGUAUAAAAUGUUGAACAAAAUUGCAAGUAUAAAGCUCAUCGGGGCGUAUGUUUCACGGUGCGGAACCAAGGAUUGUGACGCUGAUAGAAAAAUUGGAUUGGGAUAAAUAUCUCGAAAUCGGAACAUCCUCAGUUCGUCGAUGGUAAUUUAUAAGACAAGAAUGAAAAACAAAUCUAGUAGACAGUUGUGGUUGUAGGUGAGUGAUAGUGAUGGGGGCUUUGCAAUCGGCUAGCGCUUUAACUAUUAUCUUUUCUUUUAGUUAUCGCAGGAUGGCAAAAGGAAUAUCCAACUCGGUUAAGCUUCUGCCGCGCCCACCUGUAAAAGAAGCCGCUGACUGGGUGGAGUACACGUUGGCUCAGGGUGGCUUACCGUUCCUCAGACCUCGAGGACUGGACCUGCCAUUUUAUCAGCUGUAUCUUCUGGAUAUUUUAUUGUUGGCAUUUUUGAUCUUGUUUUUAACAGUGUUUGCUUUCAGAUUCUUGUUAAAGGCAGCUAUUAAUCUUUUGUUGGCACCAGCUGUAAAAGAGAAAGCUAGCUAACAGAGAACAUUUUUUAGUGUGGUCAAAACAAGUAUACAUCAUCUUGACUGGAGGCAAAGAGAUGUACAUAAAGUACUUAAAGUUUACCUUGGUGGACAAACCUUGCUUAAACAUUAACAUUUUCAUCCUGCACCUGUCUGCUUUCAUUACGUUAGUGAUCAUAAGUGACAGCUUGGGACCUGCAGGCUCCGCAGUUGGGGAAAAAGGCAACCUUACUCCCAGCGCUUCGAGAGAAGGUUGGGAAAAAGGCGAAACAAAAUCGUCGAGCGAAGCGAUCUUAGGGGGAGUCUGGAGAAGGGAAAGACCACCGAUCGGGUGGCUUUGCUCGUCGAUGUCUUUUUGGCUUGUUCACCCCAUUUUUUGCCUUUUUCCCCCACUACGGAGCCUGUUCCGAGGCAACCGAGGUUAAUCUCGGACUGUAAUUUCCUUCACCUUGUAUAAAUAAAGCUGACCUAAGUGUAGCAAAUGAUUGAUGGCCGCUUAAUAGAGGUGACAGCAAUAGGAGAACUGUACUCUCGUUGGGAUGGGCAAAAGAUGGCCGGCGGUCACUUAUAAUUUCGGGAAUUCUGAUUACUUAAUAACUGAAAUGGUGGUCCUUAAUAGGUAGACGCUUGAUGGAGGUUCAACUGUCAAUGGUAAGGAAGACACCAAUUGAAAGUUCUUUUUGUGGGAUGGUGUGUGGGUCUAAUCUCGUACCCAGAUCUCACUCUGUUUUCCCUUGGCCGUGGGAGAUCUGGGUACGAGAUUAGUGUGGGUCCUGACUGUGCACAAUAGGUUUGACCAAAAUAUACUUGGCGAGAUGAACUUGUGCACGUGAAAGCAUCCGCAGAUAGAGAAGUCCUUUGAUGGUGCCCAUGCAAAGGGUUUGAUACCAUUAGUGGUACUGGAGAAGAUACUGGCAAUCAUAACUAGAAAUACGUCAUCCUGUGAUCAAUUUGUGAGUCAAUAUUUAUCUGUGCAUGUAUAAAAACCUUUACGGUUUUCAGUAGAAAUUGAUGUAAUAAUUGCUUGUUAUAAAAUCGCACACCCAUAGGUAAGCUUGGACCUGUUUUCCUGAUGAAGAUCAUCUUUUCUUUUUAUCAACAAUAAAUCGACGUCGUUCUCAGGGCUUUUUUUUCCACCUAGGAGUGAUCUUUUGGACGCUCAUCAGAAAAUCGAUCCAGUCUAAUUUCGAUUUUCUUUGGUCACCUGAAUUAAUGGAAACUGCAAGUCUACUGUAGAUCUAUAAGAGCGUUUUCAAGCCGGUUACAGAAAUUAGUAUGCUUAUAGUGGUCAAAUUGUAAAUUAAAAGUUUUCCCGGCGGUGUUACGGUUCCUGACGUCUUCAAUCGUCUUUUCUGGUUUUUGGACCCCCGCCCCGCCCCUCCCCCUCCUUGUUAUGUCCACCCUGACUGAUCCUGUGUCCACCACGACUGAUCGUCUUUCCUUCAUCCUCGAUUCUCUGCUCGAUCUCGUUCGAUCCUCGAUCUUCCAUCGUUGUUCCUAUGUUUUCAAGAAACCGGAGAGAGUGGCCGCAUGCAGAACGGGCCCUUAUUUCCGCGUUUUUCAGGCGAGGCUAGAAUGCUUCAAUAUCAAGUCUGUGGUGACACUCUCCUUCUACAUAGGUAUCAACACCUGCAUCGCGCUUGUCUUCGCUCGCCCGAAAAUUGCAAAAAAGUUUUGCCUGUUCUGCAAAGAGAGCGAAAGUCCACUCGGUUUGGGAUUAAGCUGCGAUCAGGCUUUUUAUGAUUUCUCUUGGAGAAGAGACGGGAAAAACGAUACAGACAUAUAGGGAGAGCAUGAACGCUACGUAUCGCAGGGAAACUGAGGCACUUCUGAGUGUAAAAGGAGAGCAGAGAAGCGAAAAGCCAAGUAAAGACAGCGAAGAGAGACAAACUUUUCUUUCUUGCUUCUCCUCUCCCCUACCCGCUAAGGAAGGCCUGACAAUCAGGCUAACUGAGCAAUGCACGUACUGACGUGACAUACCGUAACAGAUAUGCGAGGAGGCACUAUGGGCUAAUAUUUAUUUAAGGUUUCCUAUUUUAAAAUUCUAAUCUUGACACUUGGAUCAAUUAUGGCGGCUUUGCGAGCGGCUCUGUUGUUCGCGCUCCUCUCAGGAUGCUUUGCCGCAAAACUUGUUAUGUUUCCCAUGUUUGGACAAAGCCAUUACAUGAUUCUCAACAAACUGGGACAAGAACUGUCAGAGAGGGGUCAUGAGGUAUGUAAAUGAGAGUACAAAAUGAUUUGUUGUAGUUUUCAGUAACCGAGCUCCAUUAUUAUUUUGCCAAGCCUUUGUUGUUGUCAACAAGCAUUUUAGCUUGAGAUCUUUAGCGCAAUUUAUGGUACAAUUCUGUGAUACCUCAUGAAGCGUGAUGAAGGGACAUUGUGAUCUGAGUACAGCCAAGAAAUGCUGAAGUCUACAUUUUCUUCUUCGCAUUACUAACAGUCGGGAGUGUAUACAGGAUCUUAAAAGGCAGUCCAAAAAGACUAAAAGAAAAGUGGCCGUAAUCGGCAUAGCUCGGCAUCGAAAGUAAUCACUGACUGAAAAAGAUAGCCCGUUUUGGUACAUUGAAAACAAUUAAACUAAUGACCUCUGUACAUGCAUAUGCAGGCCCGACCCAGGACUAGAGAUUAGUAAUUGACCGUUUAUAAUCCUGGUUUAUAAUAUAAUCUACAUAAACUAUUGACUUCAAAUCCUUGAAUAUAUUUUGAAAUGGCCACGAAAGCAUUCUUGUGGUCUGUUUUUGUCGUGCAGUUUUGGUUGUUUAUAGUAUAGUCUGUAAAGUAGUGAUGGAGUGCUGCGUCGUGAUGAUUAAUCAUCAGGCUCUAGAGCAACUGGGUUCAUGCUAGCGAAGUAAGUAGGUCUAAAGUUUGAGACUUACCAUGAUAAGCGUUCACAUUUAGAUUUCAAAGUAUGCAUGAAGCAAUCGAGGUUGUCAAUCAAGUUACGCGGUAAAAUUUCGCCCGCAUGAAAUAGCGUAAUCACGAUUUUAACUACUAAACGCAGAAAACAACUACAAGGUACAUCAUGCAACCUCGAAAGCUUCGUAAUGCUUACCUUUUGUUUCUCAUGAUUUUUUUUACUGCAACGACAGAGAGCUUUUCUAUUUCAGCAAUUAUACCACUUUCUCAUCACAGAGGAAGAAUUUAGAGUGAGACGGACAAAUGUUGCUCAUGAUCUUGGCCCAACUGAAACAACAAAACGUGUAACGCUGAUGAAAGAAAGUUUGAGUUUACACGUUUUUUCUUCUUUGUUGGGGGACCUCGGCCCUGAAUUGAAGUAAGGAAUCGAGUGAGCUGUGCGUGUCUUCAAUCAAAAGGCAUAUUUCAUUACAGUUUGAUUGAUGUUUCAAUUUCCUGAUCUUGUUUUGAUAAAACGUAAGUAAACUAUGACUUGAAACUUGAACACGCGAUACCACGGUUACAAUUAGAAAUUAGACCCGUUCACAUCUGGAGUACGCCUCAAGUAUGCUUGAGGUAUACUUACUAAGCUUAGUAUGAACCCACCUGCAACAUAAUAAUUCAUCUUGUAUUAUUCUUUGAAGGCUAACCAGUUCAAUUCAAGGGUCCGCAAGUAUUUUAGGUUAGUUAAUGACCUCCUUCCUCAGGUAGUUCAGUUAAGGCCUGGCUCUUAUGGGCUUAGCUGUGGAAAACGAUUUAUUGGCUAUAUAAACUUCCGCACUGAGUAUGGAUCGGAAUCAAAAUUUGGCACACAUAAAGAACUCAUCGUUCUUAACUUUUUAAAGUAUAAAAUAUUUUGUUAAUAGGUCACGUGAUGUGUCACGUGACCAUUUUUCUAAAAAUCUUAAAUAAUUGACAAACUGGUGGCGGGUUUAAGAAAAGAAAUCAAGCCAUACCAUUUUUCUCAUUCAUAUCAAGGAAUUUUUAACACUUCACGUUUGGAAUGUUCAAUAAACAAAUUAUGAGGGAAAACAUUUUAAAUGCCCAAAUAUAAUCUUGAAUUAUUUAAAACUUUAGUUAUAAACUUCACGUACGUUUAUUCCAACGUAGAAAGUAAGAUAUAUGUUUACCCUCCAUCAGAAAUGCCAAUUUAUUUAACCAAACAAAGAAAAUGCGCCACCAAUUUGCCAAUUUCCUUCGUUUUCAAUUUUUGGUCGCGUGACAUGUCACAUGACCAUAAUCAAACGUUAAGGCACAAGAAGACCUCAAGAUUUACUAGUGGAGAAAAAUUUAUCUUGCUCUACGUUUCCUGGUGAGAGAUAUUCCCAAUGCUCCGACCACACCUUUGACCCAGGCCUUAAACCCCCUGAGUCGAGGGAUAGCCCGCAACAAACCAAGAUGACCUGCAUUGCAAUGAGGCUGCUUUUUGUUUUAUCAUCGUCUUGACAGGUUAUUCUAUUUGUGGGAACAACGGCUAAAUAUGCCACAAACAAUCCACAUGUACGCUUCUUUAACGACAGCAAGACCUUUUCCGUGCAUCAUCCACCCACUUCAGGAAAGCAGAACACGCCGUUGAGUGCAAGAAAGCAACUUGCCAUUCACUUAACCAUCCAGUCAUCGUAUUGCGAUGAAAUGCUUAGCGACGUGGACCUAAUGAAGAAAACUAAUGAUGCCGAUCUCGUUGUCGGCGAACUGUGGUAUCUCUGCUCAGCGUUAGUCGCAGACAAAUUAUCAGUACCUCAUGUUUUAAUAUCUGCAGCCACUAUGUCCACACCAUCUUCGUUUGCAGUUGGUAUUCCCGCUCCGCUAGCCUAUAUACCUCAAAUAAGCAACAAUGAUAAUAGAAUGUCGAAUAUCAUUGACAGAGGUAGGAAUGUACUAGAAUGGAUAUCACUGUAUUGGUAUUAUUUGCAAGAUUUUUGCCCACUUUACGGCAAUAUUAAAGCAAAAUACAACAUCACACCCAACAAAAGCAUCCAGGAAACACUUGGAAGAGCUGAUCUGAUUAUCGGUCAGAUGCCUUUUGGAUUAGAGCAUCCGAGGCCUGUCCAUCCAAGUAAGUAGUUUUUUUUCUCAUUUCUUUUCACUUUGUCUGUACACCACAGUUUAAGAAUCGCAAUUUAGUUAUUAGUCUAGGACCUAAUUAAGUUUUGUGCCUUCUUCAACAAAACAUGCGUCAUUUAUGAAUGUCGCUUAGAAUUCCCUGCAAGUAGAGCAGCCAAAUCUGAGUAGAGAGCGCGAAACAUGAUCAAGCAAAGAACGAAACUUGCAAGGCGAAGCACCAGAUAGAGAGCGCAAAGUUCGACCUUCCGCGGCUGGGAUCGUCUUUGACUUUGAGAAUGUCUAAAUGGCGGCCUUUGAUUGAUCUGAGCCAAUUUUGCCGUUAAUUAAAACAGGUUGUGUCACGGAGGUCCUUGAAAACUUUAUUUAUGCAUGUUCAACACCAUCAUCGUGGUGGUACAGGUCUGUGGACAGGGACUUAGCUGAGCUGGUACUUUUCACUGGCCCUUGAUUUCUGGGGGCCCAAUUGUUUUCCACGACAUUGCAGUCCCGUUGUUCGAUCUCUUGGUGAUUAUAAUAACAUAUCUUUUUCUUUAACAUGUUCUUUGCUGUUUCAUUAUAGACACUCGGGUUGUUGGUCCAUUCCUUCCCAGUCCAGCUAAGCCUCUACCAAAAGAGCUGGAGGAAUUCAUAGGAAAAGAUGGUGACGAAGAUGUUAUCUUAGUUUCAUUUGGUAGCAUUUUGGGAGACAUUGCAGGAUUAAAUGAAUCACUCUUGCAAAGAAUGGCUGACGCUUUCUCUAAGCUUCCACAAAAAGUUAUCUGGAAAAUGAAGUUAGAAGGUAUGUUCAUUGACCCGAGGAAUAUCCUCAUUCAGGCAAGGAAGAGUAAUUACAGUGAUCAGCGGAUUAACUAGCCUGGUUACAGACCUUCUAUUUUCUCUUUUUAGAGAAAAGAUAAGCGGGCGGGAUUAGCGGGAUUAGAGGGGGGGUGUUGUAGAUUUUCGACGGCGAAGUCGGGUGAAGGUCAGUGGGAACAAAUACCCCGUAGCUUUUGUUCGGCUGCUCCGCCUCCAAGAACGUAUCUAGGACAUAAUAAUUCCACCAACUACGUAGGCUAUCUAGAGCUCGUCGAGCGCGUGUAUGAAAAUAAAAUCCUCGAGGGAAUUAUUAAGCGCUAGCGCAAGUGGGUGGGGUGGGCAAUGCGCCCCCCAGCUUGCCUUGCGUGCAGCGAUUUCAGAAAAAAAAGCCCCAUCAGCAAAGGUAAGUCAAAUUCUACUCAGAUGUGACAGCUGCAGAAGCGUACCAUCUGAUCACUUUUAAAUUUCCCAGUAACUGUACGCAUUUUUUCUCAACAGGCAAGCUACAGGUGUCAGUGAGUGACAAUGUCAAACUGAUGUCAUGGUUACCACAGAAUGACAUUCUCGGUCAUCCUAAGACUCGUCUAUUUAUAGGCCACGCAGGACUGAAUGGUAUCCUAGAAUCAACCUACCACGGAGUGCCAAUGAUUCUUGCACCUUUUUUUGGAGAUCAAUUUUACAAUGCUAACACCAUGAAGCAGUCAGGACUUGCGGAGGUUGUAAAUUGGUGGUCCAUGUCGUCAGAAGAGUUCGUUAGUUUGAUACAAAAGGUGUUAAGCGACUCUAGGUGAGUACAUUGGGAACACCGUACAUUAUAUAGCUGAAUCCGCGAAAUGAAGUAAAACCUGCAUUCUGGUUGGCUAACCGAGCGCAUCUUGCCCGCUUGGGAUUUCCCGCGUUGGUCCCGCAAGUAAAAGUUUUCUUUUUCAGGCCGUAUAAUUAAUCUUUUAUUGACGAAGCGUGAAGUCAAGAUGACUUGAUAUUGGCCUCGUUCUUUUUUGCGUUUUUAUUGAUCGAGAUGGAAAUAAAAACGCAAAAAAGAACGAGGCCAGUAUCCAGCCAUCCUGACCUCACGCUUGGUCAAUAAGGCAUACCAAGAGCCAUAAUAAUCGCUCCAUGAAAUGUUUACAAUAUUACAGUUUAAUCGAGUAGAAGAGGUGGCUUGGUAAACUCAAGACGAAUUUUCCCCAGAAAUCAAAUUCAACUUAUGACAAAAAAUGAAAGCAAACGUUAACGAAACCACGAAAUUUCAAUUAAACAGAACAGAGAAAGCUUCAGAGAAAGCCUCACCUCGACCAAGCUGCACAAGAAACUUUUUCCCCUAACUUGGCGAGUCGACAGGUGAAAACAAAGCUUUACUUUUCUCCACGGGCUGGAAAGCACAAUUUAAACUUCCGGCGAUUCCAUAUAACCCAUUACGCUAUUGUUUGCGAAAGGAUUUUUUAACUGCGAUUUGCAACUGAUUUGCAAUGUUUGAAAAUUCUGUAAUGAUCAAACCUUUGCGCAUACCGAUUUCCACAAAUGAAUGGAUCCGUCAAAACCUUCAAUCAAAUUAAACUUAAAUGGUUUCCUUACUGAUUUUGUUGAGAUCCUUUUCAAUUUCGGUGAAUAGUGGCUUUAGGAAUAUUAACCUCGCCGCGAAUAUUCAGCUUCUACUCUCCUCGUGUUUAAAGGAUAAGUAAGCUUACAAAGAGAAGUGAAGUACAAAGCAGGAAAAGAUGUUUCCCACAUGGUGCCUGGUCAUGUCCUUGAGAAAAAAUACUCGAAACCUUCAUAGGUUUUUUCCUUCCUCUUUCAAAAGAAAAUACGUCCGCACUGUCGCUUGUGCGGUCGUCUUUUUAGGACCGGCAGGUUUUGUGUUUAACGCGUGUCCGGGCUGCGAUGCUACUUGUCCUCUUUCCAGUUGUUCCAACCAAAACGAUGGUCACGCGGUCGCUUUAACUGUAUUUGUACGGUUGCUUGUAAAGGACCUGUUUGUGUACAAGUUCUAACCACUUUCUGUGGUAGUUUCUUCGUUGAAGUAGGACAUUUUAAUCAACUCAAAGUCCCUCCACUUGGGCCGCCAUUUUUUUUUUAUUUUUUGACCCCGCCUCGCUUCCGGAAGUCAACCAGUUUACCGGAAACUGUUUCCGCAUGGUCCGCAUAGUUCUAAAAAUAACUUUUUUGACAUUAAGAUGUCCCAAAAGCGUGACUCGGAGACUCCCUCUGUGUCCUAUUAUGGCUCUUUCGCAUACGUAUAGUCAACAACUGUUGAACGAGCUUGCCUUGGAUGUGAGAUGGUAGAUUUGUUUUCUUGGUAUUUUCAUGUAAAUUCGUGUAUUUUGCGAGGUCUGUUCAAAGAAUCCUCACUCAUGGUAAACCUUUUACCCUGUGCCUCUCUUACGGUUUCCCAAAAAUUGCAUUUUCUAGCAGUUUUAGAACGACAACAACUUACUUCGGUCUCUUCGUGAAAAACCUUUCAGUUCAGGUGACUAGUACACUUACCAUAUUUGAGAGCAUGACCCAUCUAACAUAAUUAAUGGCUCAGCCAAUCAAACCUCUAGAAUUGCAAUAUUCGGUGAUUUAGCUUUUAAUGUUUAUGGCAAUUGCCACUCAGGCUGUCAUACACACAAUGAUUGCAUUGCUUUUUCUUCGUAAAUAAACCCACACCACGGUAGGCUUAGCCACAAGUUGCUCGGCAACUUUUCGGCAACUUUUAAAUUCUUGACAACUUUUGAUUUUUUUAGCAUUUUUAAAAUUAUUUUUUACUUUUUCGCGACAUUUAUUAGCUUUCGAAAGAAAAGUCAGCUAAAUUCAACUGGUUUAUACUACUGUGUGAGUGUGUGGACUCCAGAAAUGGCCCUACUACCGAUGCCAGCUUUGUGUUGAACGCCUGGCCAUGAGGUCAGCGGUAUCACAUGACACGUUUUUCAAGAUGGCGGAAAAUAGACCGUGUCACCGUUUUCGAACCCAUCUUGACGAACAGGCAAACGUGUGAGGAAUUACAGUGUUUGUAUGAGAAUCUAAUGUCGAAUAAUUUCCGUAAAACGGCUGUUCUGAAAAAAAUAUGAAUUUUAAGCUAAAGCUACACAGCAAGGGAUUUUACUAACACACUUUGGGGGCCGUUACUGAGCUUAAAUUUCUCCAUAAGCUUGUUUUAGAUUUUCCAUAUAUUUGUGUGCAAUUUUUCCCGGGAAAUUUUUACAGAGAAAUGUAUAGAAAAUUUUUAAAAAAGGUUCUAGGUCUUCUAGCGCAUGUAACGCCCUCAAACUUUUUCAGUAGAAUCCUUAAGAGUGAAGCUUUAGUUUACAAUUCAUAUUUUUUUCAAAGCAGCCCUUUUACGGCAAUUAUUCGACAUUAGAUUCCUAUACAAACACUGUAAUUUCUCACGCGUUUGCCUACUCGUCAAGAUGGCGUCGAAAACCGUGACAAUGUCUAUACUGUCAGUGAUUCAGAUUCCAGCUGGGACGAACGCGCCGAUGAAGGCCGGAUUAAUCCUACUGAGGAAGCUAAAAGGCUGGGGACAAAUCUCGCUACCACCGAAAAAGCUAAAAUAACAGAUAUUAGAGAAAGAAAAAUCCAGACGAAUUCAGCGGGUAAAAACCGCGAUAAAACCAACUUCAAGUGUAAUCAAGGAGAAAAAAAACAGCAACUAUUCGGCAAAUUUUUGGCAACUUUAAAAAUAAAAUAGCAACUUUUUAGCAACUUUCGGACACUUUUAUCGGCAACAUUUUGGGAAUUUAUCGGCAAUUUGUGGCUAAGCCUACAUCACGGUAAAUCCAGUAUAUCAAACUGAAUCAUUCAAAACACAUUAAACAAUUCAAUUUGACGACGUUAGAGAAGGACCCGUGAUGAGAUCUUUGCAAUCUGAUAGCGUUUUGUGAUAGUGUUUUACUACUAUCUUUCAUUUAGUUAUCACGAGAUGGCAAAAGGAAUAUCCAACUCGGUUAAGCGUCUGCCGCGCCCACCUGUAAAAGAAGCCGCUGACUGGGUGGAGUACACGCUGGCUCUGGGUGGCUUACCGUUCCUCAGACCACGAGGACUGGACCUACCCUUUUAUCAGCUGUAUCUUCUGGAUAUUUUGUUGGUGGCAUUUAUUAUCUUGUUAUUAACAGUGCUUGCUGUCAUGUUCUUGUUAAAAGUUGUUAAUCAUUUUUUGGCACCAGUCACAAAAGAGAAGUCAAGUUAA